GCACAACACCCGCAACAUGGCCGCGUAUAAGCGAGUCGCAAUCGUCGGCGCCUCCGGGAGCCUCGGCGCCGUGGUCCUCCGGGAGCUGGUAGGCGCCGGUUUCGAGGUCACGGCCCUCGUGCGCAGCCCCGGCAAGCUCCCCGCCGACCUGGCCGGCAAAUUCGCCGAGACCACCGUCGACCUCGCGUCCCAGCCCGCCCUGACCGACGCGCUCCGCGGCCACGACGCGCUCGUCAGCACCGUCGGCGCCACGGCCAUUGCCUGGCAGGUCGCCACGCUCCUCCCCGCCGCCGUCGCCGCGGGCGUGCGGCGGGUGCUGCCGUCCGAGUUCGGCUGCGACCUGCGGCAGCCCGCGGUGCGAGCCUGCGGGACCUUUGCGGACCAGGUGGCCGCCGAGGAAUUUUUGGCGGCCGAGGCGACCAAAAACGACGGCGCGACGAGCUACACGUUUGUGUACUGCAACCUGUUUUUGGACUGGUGCCUGCGCAUCGGCCACACCGGGAACCUGACCGCCAAGACGGCGGACGUGUACGACGGCGGCUCGCACCGCGUCAGCUUCGCGCGCCUGUCGACCGUGGCCGAGGCCGUGGUCGCGGUGCUGAGACACCCCGACGAGACGAGGAACGAGCACGUGUACGUGCACGACGGCAGCAUCCGGCAGCGCGACUUUGUCGCCGCGCUCCAGGACGCCACCGGCGGCGGCGCCGAGGGCUGGACGGUGACCGAGGUGGACACGGCGCCCAUGAAGGCAAAGUCGGACGGGGCGCUGGCCGAGGGCGUGCUCGAGCCCUGGGUGUUCAUGGGCCACGUCAACUUCGCCGCGUGGACCGGGUCCAACAAGCCUGGGUACGAGGACCGGUCGUGGAACAAGGUCCUGGGGCUGAAGGAGUACGGCGAGGCCGAGAUGAAGGGGCUGGUCAAGAGCGUGGCGACCGAUAUCUUGGCCGGACAGUAGGGCUUCAUGCUGUUGUUCCCACACGUCUGUACCGCCCCGAGGGCUGACAUUCGGACGGAUGCCAGGAGUCCAAUGCACCCUUUCCCCCUUAUUCUGAGCCCCAUAGCGCCUAGACCUUGCAGCCGGUAGCAAACAGACGUCACCGCUCUCAGGCUUUAUCCGUCCCGGCUGCCCUUUUGAUAUAAGGGCCGAUAAAAGCCUGGUUGGCAACACGCUUCAUCCAUCUCCUUGUCAUCUUAACCCGGUCUUAGUGGC